AUUUCACUGUAAUGUCUGCACCUGUUGUAUUCGGCGCAUGUGACCAAUACAAUUUGAUUUGAUUUGAUUUGAUAGAGGAUGGGUCAUUUACAUGUUGAUGAUUGUACACUGAACUGGGAUAAAGUAAUGCUUGAGUGGAGCUCAGACAGUCUAGUAGAUAUAAAAGGCAGUCAACCAUCAAUGUUUAUCAGUCUGUGGUUGACUUUUAGUUUGAAUAGACAGCAAUGUUGGGCUCAUUCAAAACUGGCCCAUAGGCUGUGUGUUCUUUUGGCUCCUGUAUGGGUGCAAAAUAACCGUUUUGGACCCUAGCCAAAGGUUUGUGUGCCUAAAAUAAUUAUUUGAAUGUUGUAUGAAGAAAUAAUUGACUCAAAGCUAUCACAAGUGACCUUGACUAAUUUUGUCCUCAAAUACAGUAAUGAUGAUUUCCGUACCCAUCAGAUCAGACAUGUUUCUGGAGGCCACAUCUGUCAUGUUUUCAAGUCUAGCCUACAUCUCAGACUGAAUGAUAUAGUGAAAGACCAAAUCCUCCUCAGUUUAAUACCAAGUUCGUGUUUGUAUAAUGUUAUUAGCCUAUACUGUAUGCGUUUCAACCAAGUCUUCUUCCUCUUUGUCAUCUCUCACACAGAGCCGUCAUGUCUUCCAGUUUCUCUUUGCGGAGCUUCUCUGUGGGCCGCCAGCCCUCCUUCUCCAGUUUAUCUCUGAGAGACAGUGGCCGUGCCCGCUCCAGAGCCGCUGUGUCCUUUGCCGCGGCCAGCCCCCUGACCCGCUCUGCAUCCAUCAGCCACGACCUGAACAGCCAGCCCGUCUACUUGAACCUCAAUGGGCAGAUGGGUAACCAUACCAAUGAGAAGGAGGCCAUGCAAGGCCUCAACAACCGCCUGGCCACUUACCUGGACAAGGUGCGCUCACUGGAGAAGUCCAAUGCAGAUCUGGAGCUGAGGAUCAAGCAGAUAAUGAUUGAGCGCAUCCCUAAAAGUCACGACUUCGAAACCAUGAUGGCCCAGGCCCACCAGGUGGAACAGGAGGUGAGGAGGAAGACACUGGAGAACGCUCGCCUCAUGCUGGAGAUUGACAAUGCUAAACUUGCAACUGAUGACUUCAGGAUCAAGUGGGAGACAGAGAUGUGCAUGUCCCAGUCUGUGGAGAGGGACUGCUUGGCCCUGAAGAAGGCCAAGGUGGACCAUGAGCAGAUCAUCGUGUCCCUGAGAGGAGACCUGGACAGCCUGAAGGAAGAGCUCUACUUCCUCAAGAAGAACCAUGAGGAGGAGGUGAAGUCUAUGAAGGGCCAUAUUGCUGCUCAGACUGUUAACGUGGAGGUGGACUCAGGCCGUGGUGGACCUGAACUGGGCACAGUUAUGUCAGAGCUCAGGACUCAGUACGAGGGUAUCGUCAAGAAGAACAAGGACCAAGCUGAGCAGUGGUACCUCAAGAAGGAACGUGUGUGUGGUGUGUUACAGCUGGAGACCGUGCAGAACGAGGUGAAGGAGUCUAACGAGGCUCUGAGAGGAGCUCAGAGUGAGCUGGUAGACAGACGACGCUUCCUACAGACCCUGGAGGUAGAGCUGGAGAGUCUGCACAAACAGGUGGCAGCUCUGCAGGGUAACCUGAGUGAGACAGGUGAGAAGUACAGACUGGAGAUGGAGCGCCUGCAGGCCACGCUGUCCCAGCUGGAGGAGGACCUGUCUCAGCUGCGUCUGGACAUGCAGCGCAACAAGACAGACUACGAACAGCUGCUCCGCAUCAAGCAGAACCUGGAGAUGGAGAUUGCCACCUACAGAAGACUACUGGAGGGAGAGGAGACGAUUAAAGAAGUUCCCCCACCAAAAAAAGAGUCAGAGGUGUGGACCAGGAAGAUAGUGAAGGUGGUGACACAGACCAUGAUCAACGGCAAGGUGGUGGAUGAGUCCAGCGAGGUGGAGCAGAUAGACGAAGAAGUGAAGAAGAAGUGAGGUGGACAUAAUCAUCUUCAUCCUCCUCAUCACUCCAAACACCUGACAAGCCUCCAUCAGACACAAGGACCAGCCAACCCGCUGGCCAUAAAGUGCUCACACUAACAUGGAUGUCUGUUUUAUUCCCAUCAGAGUCUUAGUCUUCCCUGUUUCUCUCUGGAGCAUCCUGCAUUACCUCAUUCACAUGUCUGGAGAUAAUGAGAUAUACUGUAAGUGAAUGGGAUGUCUACUACAGCAUCCAUUUUAAGAAGUCCCUCAGUUGUCAGAUGAAACUCCCUCAGUUGUGUCCUGUCCUCUAUCAUGGUGGUUGUUUAAUAGAAGGUUUUGCUUUGUGUAUGAAACUAUUUAUUUAUAGAUUUAGGGAACAAGUAGUCCAUACAGUAGAUCUCUUUCACUUCAAUUGCAUUUCUUCUGUUUUGUUUUCCGUCUGUUUGUAUUCUAUAAACUUCUGUAAGGACUGAAAUAAAGGUUAGUCAUUUAGUCAAA